AUGCGAUUUCCCCCAGAAGGCGUACAUUACCUCGUCGAUGCUUAUAUCAACAAGUUUAAACUUGAAACAAUACCAUUUUACAACAUUGAUCCUCAGAAAAAUUGCUUCGUCAGCGUGGAAGGUGAAACUGCGAGAGUAUAUGGUAAGUAUGAAAGAUCACAAUUUAAUAUUCGUUGAAUCUAAAGAUUCUGUCACUAGUGGCGCCAUCAGGAUUUUUUUUUUUUGAGGGGGGGGAUGGAUUUCGCAACUUCAUAAUUUGAGUCACAAAUUAUUUUAGAAUUUAGGUCUGCGAAACAUUUUUGUUUUAAAAUUUAGGUCUCCAAAACAGUAAUUCCUGCAUUGUGGAGUACGGUGUCGGAUAUUGAUUUCAGAACACCUGCAGACAUAAUCACAUAGAGCUUUAUAGAUACGACAGGUAUAUAGAUACUGUCAAGGAACGCAACACUGUCUGAUGACAAUUUUCCUCCCCAAUUUUUCAUCGAAUUUGAACGAAACUAAAACUAUACAUGCAGCGCUCAGAAACACAUUGGGGAGAAGGUUGCCCUCCUCACCCCUCUUUGGCAGCGCAACUGCCUGUCACAUGAAUUUCACGUGAUAUAUAAUGAUUCGGUUGUCGCUUUGUGGAAUGGAAUAUUCCACCUCUCAUGCUCUCACCGAAUGAAAAUAUUUGUAUUUAAUAAAUCAAUUUUAUCGAGUUUUGGAUUGAAUUAAAUGCAAAACAAAUACGUAUACCUCGGUUACAUGCACAAACUUUAAAAAUAAUACCUUCAACAAAAAGUCCCAAAAUUAUUUUAAUGAAGAGUUAAAGGAGCCCUACAGUCAUUUUUUAGUCGAAAAGUUACCUUAAGUAGGGGACUCCACGGAGAUUCGUUUGGCUGUAUCUUACAUGCAGUAUCCAUGAGUAUGAGUACUUCCGCACACCGGACGACGCAUGCAUGCCGUGGUGCACAGGUCAAGUAGCGACAAUAACAAAAAAAUGUAAACAAUACUUAAGGUGAUUUUUCGACUAGAAAAUGACUGUAGGGCCCCUUUAACAAAAUAAUGGGGUUCAUUUAGCUCAACAAAUCGUAAAAAAUAAUAUUUUUACACAAGCUGUUUUGCUCAAUUAAUUCCAUUGGUCUAUUGGUCUAUAUUGCAUUUAAUUCCAAAUCGUGCAAUAUGUAGCAAAACGUAUGCAUAUUGUUAAAAAAUGUAAGAAUGGCAGUGCAGUAAAAUGUGGCAGUAAAAUGUGUUCUUUGCACUCUCAGUAAAAUGGGAAUUAGCCAAUUAAAGGCCAUAAUUUAAAAAGGUGUUAUCUGAGAUAGCAAUGGUGGAGUGACCGUGUGGUUGGUCAAUAUCGCAUGUGACAACGCUUGCAAAUGGCCUGCCUUCUACGAACAUUCACUUAUUAACUAAAUCUUUUUAUUAAAUGCUUUAACCGUUUUUUUUUUUAAUUUAGACUUUAUAAGCGACAACCAGACAGACAGAGCUAUAGCAAAAGCCAUGUGUGACAAAUUAUGGCCUGGAUGGGACAGAAGAAUCAUCAAGAAUGGUCUCAGGACAAAGUACAGAAUUGACCAUGUUGGUAAGUUCUGCAAUACACUAACAAUAUCGUUUUUUCUCGGAGACGCUUGUUACAUGCUUCCUUGGAUACUAAGAUCCGGUUAUCGCAAUCCAGUGACCAAAUGACCUAAUAAGUGCGUCUAAACAGGAAGCUAUUUAGGCUAAGGUUUUUGCAGUACCUCUCAGAAAUACCCUAACACUGCGGUUUCGGUUUUCUUACGGCUUUUCUGCGGUUUUUUAGGCGGUCCUUUGCGGUUGACCGUCCACGCGCAAGAGGCUGUAAGCGCGGUUAACCACAGUUUAUUGUCAUUCGGAUUAAUUGCAACAAUUUCGGCGAUCAAGCAAGUGAUACAAGGAAGAGAAAGAUAA